AUGGCAUCACCUCCAGCAGGCUCGGAAGAGUUCCGCAUUAUCAAGUAUUACGAUCUCAACCAUGAUCCGACAAAGACCCUCGUGGAGGUUGAGCGGACCAGCGACGGUGAAAUCCUCCUCGGGCGCCGCAUAGACAAGAAGACCACGUCGUCAAAUUUUGUUGAGAUGUUUAACAACACCCCCGCGAAAGACUUGAUCAAACAACUUUUAAACCACGAGAACCUCGUAUCGAUCGCGGGGGAGGUCGCUGGCGCCAGAAUCGUCGGGCCCAACGGGAGUAAGGGGGUCGAAUCGUGCAAAUAUCUCGUCUUUGACCACUGCGACGCGGGUACGCUCGACACCAUGCUCCGGAAUCCGCCGGUGCCGCUGACCAGCACGGGGUUCAUCCCGCCUUCCCUUUGCUGGCACCUGCUUGUCAGCCUGCUCCGGGCGCUGGCGUGGCUGCAUGACGGCUACCGCGAGGACGGGGUCGGCACCGCGGUCAAUGCGCCGCGAGGCAUGGACUACGACGGCUACGAGCAGGACAACUGGUUCGAGGAUGCGGACUGGCUGGCAGUGCUACACGGUAAAAUUACGCCUGAGAAUGUCUUCUUGCAGAGGCCCAGGGGUUCCGAGACGUAUGGUUUGGUCAAACUGGGCAACUUCUCUGAUGCCCAAGUCGCGACCCAUGUGCGCGGGGCGAAUGGGGUCUUGGUGGCGUUUAAGCGCUUCAGGGGCGAAGCAUCUUCAUCUGAGCAGCUGGAAAAGCUUAGGGACGGCAAAUUUGACGAUUACCCGAAUUUCUAUUCAUACUACACUCGAGGUUCCGACCUCCGAGCUGUGGGUGGCAUCCUGUACCAUAUGAUGACGGGCAAGCAACUCCGGCCGCCCAACAAAUGCCCACGGUGGGAUUGUGGCUGCUACCACUGCGAACGGGACGCGCCCCCCUGCCAGCACGACUGCUUCGAGAAUGUCGACCUGUCAAGCCAUGACAAGUGCGUCGACCUGUUCAGCAACCUCACCGACUACCACGGGCCAUACACUGAGAAGGAUCUUUGCAUACAGGUUGGCAGCCUGAUGGCGAUCGACCCCAAGACUAGCAGGCUCGAUAGUACGGUCUCGCUGUACCAGGUAGUCAAGGCGGCGCACGAGGCCUGGCUGAACUAUCACCCAGACGGUCAGCUGAUUGUUACAUUGGAGGAUGACUUGUUGGCCAGGGAGAGGAGGGCAUGGAAGAAGGCGGGCAGAAUGAUGGCGGCGGAGAAGAGAGGGCGGCGUCGUAAUAUUUGA